AUGGCGUGUCGGUCGUGGGGCCAGUAUAACUACGAGUCCUUUGAUGGGCUGUACUAUCACUUCCCUGGGAGAUGUACCUACACUCUGCUGAGAGACUGUGAAGACACCAGCCAGGCCAGCAUUCUCAUACAGGUCCACAAUGACCCAGACUGCCGCUCGUCUCCCUACUCCUGCACGCGGUCAGUUAGUCUCUUCCUGCCCUGGGAAGGAGAGAUCAGGUUGCACAGGUCCAAAGUUACCUUCAAGGGACAGAGUGUCCAGCUGCCUCACCACAUCCAUGACGUGGAGCUGGAGAAGAUCUCCCGCUAUGUCUUGGUGACCCAGCAACAUGGCUUCACCCUGGCCUGGGACGGACACAGUGGCUCUGUCUACAUCAAGCUGAGCCCAGAGUGGGUGGGCAGGACCUGCGGUCUGUGUGGCAACUUCAACGCAGACGUACAGGAUGACCUGAAGACCAGCUACGGUGUGGUGACGGAGGACCUGUCCAUGUUUGGGAACAGCUGGGUGGAGGAGGAGCUUCACCAGGUCAGGUGUCCCAUGGUGCCCUUCAUGUUCCCCUCGCCCUGCGCCUCACGUGACCCACACAUACUACUGGUGAGUAUAACCCUGACCCACACAUACUACUGGUCGGGUCCCAACGGUGAUGUGGUAUGCCAGGUGUUCACGGAGUAUGCCCGGGUCUGUGCCCACGCCGACCACCCACUGACGGACUGGAGGACUCACAUACCACAGUGUGCGAUGCCGUGCCCUCCAGGUCUGCAGUAUAAGGAGUGCAUCACCUGCUGCCCUGUGUCCUGUAACGUGGACAGAAUGUGUAUCGACAACAAGCUGCAGUGUCUAGACGGAUGCUACUGUCCCGACGACCUGAUCUAUGAGGAGGGAAGUUGUGUGAAGGCCUCAGACUGUCCCUGUGAAUACCACGGCAUGGUCUACCCCUCUGGACAGACCGUUCAGGAGGAGUGUAACAACUGGGGUUCACCUUCCCAGCUUCCCUGUCAGUAUGUCCUGGCUAAGAGUCGUAACUCAGGGAAGUUCACUGUCACCAUUCAGAAUACCCCGUGUGGACCGUAACAUUUGGACGGGUCUUGUAUCCAAUCAGUCAGCCUGGUCAUAGACGAGGACCCACGGACUGAGAUCACACUGACCCACCUAGGAGAGGUCUUCAUGGCAGGACAGUACCGCAUCUCUCUGCCCUAUUCAGACGAGGUGUUCCACAUCCAGGAGCUGUCCUCCAUGUACCUGCAGGUGCGUACUGCUCUGGGUCUGCAUCUGCAGUACAGCUGGAGGGAGUUCCGUCUCUACCUGCAGGUGGAUGAGCUGUGGAAGGGCGACACGGUGGGGCUCUGUGGAACCUUCAACGGAAACAUCCAGGACGACUUCCUGUCCCCGUCUGGUAUGAUAGAGAGCACCCCUCACCUGUUUGGCAAUGCCUGGAGGGUAUCCUCUGCCUGUGUCCCCAGCCAGAGUGUUCCCCAGCUUGACCCAUGUGACACCCAUCAGCAAGCAGCAUCCUACGCCUCUGAGAUGUGUGACAUCCUGAACCAGGAGUUGUUCUCAGCGUGUCAUGAGUACCUGAGUCCGGUGCCCUUUCACCAACAGUGUAAAGCAGACACCUGUAAGUGUGGCCAGCCCUGCCUCUGCUCUUCCCUGGCCCACUAUGCUAGACAGUGCAGGAAGUACUCUGUCAUCACGGAGUUCAGAGCCAGCGUACCUGACUGUGAGGUGACAUGCCCAGAUACCAUGGAGUACGGAACCUGUGUGUCGUCGUGCCAACGGCGUUGCUCCGCCCUGUCCACGCAGCAGCACUGUGGAGAGGAGUACCAACAGUGUCCGCUGGGUCAGAUGUACCUGGACUGUACUGAGGGGCUGGAGGGGCUGAAGGCUAUAGAUGGGAUCAGCCUGGGUAGAGGACUGGGCUGUGAACACACCUGUGAAUCCCACCUGCUCAACCUCACCUGUUCAGCUCAUGAACCGUGCAUACCUGGCUGUGUCUGUCCCCCUGGAUUACUGAAACAUGGCGAUGAGUGUUUUGAGCCUGACGCCUGCCCCUGCCUCUGGAAGGGGAAAGAGUACUAUCCAGGAGAUAGAGUCACCUCCCCCUGUCAUCAAUGUGUCUGCCAGCAUGGAACAUUCCAGUGUGUGUUCCGUCCGUGUCCAUCCAUGUGCACGGCCUAUGGGGACCGCCACUACAGGACCUUUGAUGGUCUACUGUUUGACUACGUUGGAGUGUGUAAAGUCUACCUAGUAAAGAGCAGUGCUGAUCUGAUGAUGAGUGUGACGGCUGAGAACGUGGACUGUUACGACAGCGGCGUCAUCUGCAGGAAAUCUCUACUCAUCAACAUUGGUAGAUCUUUCAUUGCGUUCGACGACGACAGUGGCAAACCAAACCCGUCCAGUGUGAUCGACUGGAGGCAGGAGGUGUUCAUAUGGAGCGCUGGGCUCUUCACCGUGGUCCACGUUCCAGAGGAGGACCUGACCGUGCUCUGGGAUCGCAAGACCACGGUCCACAUCCAGGCUGGACCACGCUGGCAGGGCAAGCUGAGCGGUCUGUGUGGGAACUUUGACCUGAGGACGGUCAAUGAGAUGAGGACACCAGAGAACAUAGACUCUGCCACGCCUCAGGAGUUUGGCAACAGCUGGACGGCAGCUGAGUGUGUUAACAGCCCAGACAUCAGACACCCCUGCAGUCUGAACCCCCUGAGGGAGCCGUUCUCCAAGAGGCAGUGUGGAGUCCUGCUCAGCGAGGUCUUCCUGGUCUGCCACCCGGUGGUGGACGUGACAUGGUUCUAUAUGAACUGCCUGGCUGAUACGUGCGGCUGUAGUCGCGGUGGAGACUGUGAGUGUUUCUGUACCAGCGUGGCAGCCUACGCCCACCGAUGCUGUCACCAGGGUGUCACCGUGGACUGGCGAUCCCCGUCGAUCUGCCCCUACGAUUGUGAAUACUACAACAAAGUUCUGGGUAAAGGCCCCUACAGGCUGGUGACCUACAGGGAGAGGGACACGGUGCUGGCAGCCAACAGGUCCAGUGGGACAGUGUUCCCUAAGAAAGGAGAACCUGCUGCGGCUGGCUUCCUGUCCCUCUUCAUGAUGACCCCUGGGCUCAGCAGAGCGCGUCCGCAUGACACGUCCCUGGUGUCGUUCGAGGCGUCCGAUCGGCCCAACUACUUCCUGGCUGUGGACAGCAGCGGCCAUCUCACACUGACCAAGUGGGAGGAGAGUGAAGCAUUCUGGGCCGCGGCUACCUUCACGCUGCACCAUGACACCUGGAUCCAGGGUUAUGAUUCUCUGGAGGCUUUGGCCAGACCGGGAUUCUUCCUCCACUACAUGCUGUCCUGGAUUCACCUCAUGAAGUACAAACACACCGACGGAUUCCGCAAAGCCACGCUCUUCAAACUGACAGGCCCUGGUCCAGACACCCCUACGGGUCCUAAGUGCCAGUGGAGGUAUGAGUCGUGUGUCAGCCCCUGCUUCAGGACCUGCAGUGACCCCUCGGGGGAGGCAUGUGGCACCAUUCCAAAGGUGGAGGGAUGUCUGCCUCUGUGUCCUGGUCACAUGGUGCUGGAUGAGGUCACUCAGAGAUGUGUCCAUGUUGAAGACUGCAUUAAGCCACCAGUUGCUGUGCAGCCCAUUACUACUGUCAGCAGUGUUGAGUCAACACCUGCAGCUGUCACUCCUUCAGCCACCACAACCACCACUAGGAGCAGCCCGGCUAGCCCUGUCCUCUCCACGGCACGCUCCACCCCGGGUCCCCCUGUCCCCUUCACCACCACCUCCAUCCAGCCUCCCUACACCACCACCCCUUCAGACACAGUCCCCACCACUGCAGCCACCACCACCACCAUUCCUAUUGUCUCAACUUCUGCUUUGGAUGCUCUGACCACCUCUGCUAAGGUUCCGACCACAGUGACCGAUAAGGUGGUUCUGCCCAGCACCUCUUCAGCCGUACCGACUCCUGAGGGAACCAGUGCAGCAGCAACACCCUCAACUCCAUCCCUGGCCAUCUCAGUAAGACCUGAGAUGGUGGAGUUUGUAUCUACAGUGAAGACAUCUCCAUCCUUACCCUCCACUACAGAAGGCAGUACAGAGAGGACGACCAGGGCCCCCAGCUCCACACCCAGCCCCCUAGGCCCCAGCACAGAGAGGACCAGCCAGGUCCCCUUCUCUAUCACAGCUCUGUUCUGGCUCACGUCCUCCACCACCAGGCCCUCUCUACACCCAGGGCCUAUAGACACCACAUUCACCAGCCCUCCUCCAUCCACUACCAUGGGCCCCUGGAUAAGCUCCACCGUGGGGCCUACUCAGACCAGCGCCCUGCCUGCAGUACCAAUCACCCCCACCAGUGUGACCACCAAGGCCACCACACUGACCACUAUCCCACCUUUACCUGGUUUCCAUACGACCACCAUCACACCUGUACCUGGUGUCCAUACGACCACCAUCACACCUGUACCUGGUGUCCCAGUGACCACUGUCCCACCUGUACCUGGUGUCCAUACGACCACCAUCACACCUGUACCUGGUGUCCAUACGACCACCAUCACACCUGUACCUGGUGUCCCAGUGACCACUGUCCCACCUGUACCUGGUGUCCAUACGACCACCAUCACACCUACCAAUGACAACAACACGCAGGACGACAACAGGCAGGGUUCCCGUGACGACGUCCAGAACUGCCACAACGGUGAGCCUGGUCACAGCUACCGUAUCAGAGGUUGUUCCAACCACGACCGCUCGUACCACGACCAAACCAGUCACCACUGCCAGAACCACAGAAUCUACCGCCGUCCCCACAGGGCCCACUGGCACGACCACAUCCGCUUCUGUUUCCGUUCCCAGCCUGACCACGGUCACAGAAUCUACCGCCGUCCCCACAGGACCCACAGGACCCACAGGAGCGACCGCAGAACCAUCCACAUCCACCACUACUACACCAGAAGGAAUACUGACCUCUACAGAGGUCGCAGGCACUCCAGGGGUCACACCAAAGGUCACGCCAAAGGUCACACCAGAUGUGACAGCAGCUCCCUCAGUCCCAGCCUUGCCCCACACGGCCACCUCGACCUCCACCCCAGAGCCAGAGAUGGUGGACGGAGUAGACACCACUGCACCAAAGACUCCAUCACCAUCACCUGUGUCUCCGUACACCACAUCAGAGACAACCGCGUCACCAUCGGUAGUAUCGCCAUAUACCACGACAGAGCGUGUUGGAACUACGGCAGAGGCUCAAUGCGGCUCAAUGUAGGCUCCAUUUGGCUCAAUAUAGGCUCAAUGGUACUCAAUGUAGGCUCAAUGGAGCUCAAUGUAGGCUCCAUGGGGCUCAAUGUAGGCUCCAUGGGGCUCAAUGUAGGCUCCAUGGGGCUCAAUGUAGGCUCAAUAGCGCUCAAUGUUGGCUCCAUGGGGCUCGAUGUAGGCUCCAUGGGGCUCAAUGUAGGCUCCAUGGGGCUCAAUGUAGGCUCCAUGGGGCUCAAUCCUCCCUAUUCAGAGAUCAUAGAUGAGUGUACCAAGUUCCUCUGUGUGAGCGGCCAGCUGGUCCGAUUCAACAUGUCCCAGAACUGUCUGUAUAACUCCACCCCUCCUAACUGCGGCCUGCUCGGCUUCGCCAUCCUGGUCAACGGGGACAAGUGCUGCCCGCAGUGGGACUGCCCAUGUCGCUGCUCAGUGUUCCCCGACCUGAACGUGAUCACGUUUGACGGUAACAGCGUGGCCAUCUACAAGGCUACCUCCUACAUUGUGACCCAGCUGCCCAGCGAGACCGUCAGCAUCGUGGUCCAGGAAUGCCCCGCUGACUCAGACACGCUGCUGUGGAAUUUCACCAACCUGUGUCUAGUGGUUUUGAACAUUACCCACAAGUCCAACCACCUGGUCAUCAACAGACUGCAGAGGAGGCUGUAUGUGAACUCGAGGUACGCCAAGCCGAGGUUCAAGAAGUUUGGCUUUGAGAUCCUGGACACCGGCAACAUGUAUCUGAUCCGUACGCCAGCGGGCCUGAAGCUGCAGUGGUUCCACAGCACGGGCAUGUUGGUCAUCGAGACAGAGAGCUACAACAGCAAACUGCCCACCAUGGGCCUCUGUGGCUGCUGUGAUGGUAACCCGGCCAACGACCUGAUGCUGUCGAAUGGGACGACAGUCGGGGAGAGCGAGGACCCAGCGGUGUUCAUCGACAGCUGGCAGGUCCCCAACACCACUAGUUACAUCAGCCACAGCCGGCGCAGAGAAGUCAACUGUUCCACCAGCGACUGUUCCCAGUGUAUGACCAUGCUGCGAAACACCUCCUUCACCUGCCAUGCUUUUGUUCCUCCCAGUACGUUCUGUGAGGUGUGGGUACGUGACUCGGAGUACGUCAACAACCCGUGUGUAGCGUUGGCUGCCUACGUGGCAUCUUGUCACAAGUUCAACGUCUGCAUGGAGUGGAGGAGCCCAGACUACUGUCCAUUCAUGUGUCCAGACCGACUGCGUUACCAGGCCUGUCUGCCUACCUGUACAGCCCAGUCCUGCUCCAACCACGACUUUGACCACGACCCUGAGCAGUGUACAGGCCUGACAGAGGGAUGUGUUUGUCCUGAGGGCACUCUGCUCCAUCGACCCUACUCUGCCCUCUGCAUCCCCCCUGAGAAGUGUGCCUGUACGGACAGUUCGGGUGUACCCCGUGCUCCUGGCGAGGUGUGGAAGGCGUCUAAAGAUGGCUGCUGUAUGUAUCGCUGUGACAACGACAGUAUCGUUCCCGUGGAGUAUAACUGCUCUGCCGUGUCUCAGCCGCUCUGCCGCAGGGCCGGGGAAGUGGUCAUCAGUCUGGCAGACGACACCUCCUGCUGCCCACAGAAAGCUUGCGUUUGUAACCAGACCCUGUGUGACAUCUUCCCCCCGGAGUGUCAGUAUGGAGAGAAGCUGGUGUCUUACUUCAGAGAGGACUCCUGCUGUCCAGACUACGUCUGUGUGUGUGGUUCCUGUUUGGAGAUGGUACCAAACUGCCAGGAUGGAGAGGUGUUGACGGUGGACGCCAACAGUACAGACCUCUGCUGUCCUGUCUACCACUGUGUGUGUGAGCCGUACCGGUGUGCUGAGUUGUCAUGUCCCUUGGGGAUGUCUGCUGUCACCGUGUCCCCUCCAGACCACUGCUGUCCCCUGCACACCUGCGUGCGUGAGGCUGUGUGUGUGGACGGGGAGCGGGGUGUUAUGCAUCCGGGACAGACCCUCGUGGAUCACAGUCAGGAGGGGGUGUGUCUCACCACCCAGUGUAGCCACAGUCUGGAUCCCACCACGGGCUUCCACCUCCUCCGCACCGCCACCACCAACUGCUCUGCUCAGUGCCAACCGAACCAGAUAUACAUCCCUCCCAAAGACCAGAUGAUGUGCUGUGGUGUCUGCAGGAACAUCUCCUGUCUCUACCACAAUGACAACGGUACUACACUCCUCUACAAGCCUGGGAAGUCGUGGGUGUCAGACUGUAUGAAGUAUGAUUGUACCGACACACUGUCAGGCCCGACCCUGGUGUCCUACUCAUUCAGCUGUCCACCUUUCAACCAGACAGAGUGUAUGAAGAUUGGUGGAACCAUUGUAAGUUACAUGGAUGGAUGCUGCAAGACAUGUAAAGAAGAUGGGAAGUCCUGUCAGAAGGUGACAGUAAGGAUGACGAUACGGAAGAACGACUGUCGCAGUAACAGACCGGUCAACAUAGUGUCAUGUGACGGGAAGUGUCCGUCGGCCAGUAUUUACAACUACAACAUCAACACGUACGCCAGGUUCUGUAAGUGCUGCCGUGAGAUGGGGCUGCAGAGGCGCUCCGUGCAGCUCUACUGCAGUGGCAACUCCACGUGGGUCAACUACUCUAUACAGGAACCCACCGACUGCUCCUGCCAGUGGUCUUAGUGGCCACACAGAGACGCACACACACACACACACACACACACACACACACACACACACACACACACACAUGACCGUAUGCACACAUGACCGUUAUUCACUACAGGUGUACACACAUUAAGUAUAUGCGCACACACACACGCACACACGCACGCACACACUGACACACACACACA